GUCGUUGAUAUAAUGCGAACAAAUGUUGAGAAAGUGCUCGAAAGAGAUCAAAAACUAUCUGAAUUGGAUGAUCGAGCCGAUGCCUUACAACAAGGUGCUUCGCAGUUCGAGCAACAAGCUGGCAAACUCAAAAGGAAAUUCUGGUUGCAAAACUUAAAGAUGAUGAUAAUUAUGGGAGUAAUUGGUCUUGUUAUAGUUGGAAUUAUUGCAAAUAAACUAGGCUUAAUAGGUGGAGAACAACAACCACAAUACCAAAAUUAUCCACCAUACAUGCCGCCACCACCACCACAAACACAGCCAGCCGCUGGUGGUACAUCAUCUUUAGUGGGAGAUGAUAACAAUAAAUUACAACAUGAUGCAGUAAAAAGUUUUCAAUAAAUGUUAAACUAAUUCAACAAAUACAAAUAAUUCAACUAUUAAUAAAAUAAAUAUUUAUGAAAAAUAAAACACACACACACACAAGUAUACAAAUAGAAAGGAAAUCAUAAAAUUCAUAAAAUUAAAAUAGGGGUGCUCACACUUUGGUGCAAUUGUGUGAAAAGUUUGUGAAAUGUGUAAAUUUAAAAAAAAAUUUCGAAUUAUAUUUUAUGUAAAAUUGCAUAUUUAACACAGCCGGAUCCUUUACUAAAUUAUGUGUCAUGUGCCUAAAUCUUGAAUCAUGAAGAAUUGCCAUUACAUUAAAGUAAAUACAUGAAUAGGUAAAGAGAUAAUUUUACAUGGAGUUUAUUGCAAUGGUUGUUCCUGCUUUGUGAAAAGUAUUAAGACACUUUUUUUUUAAAUUGUACAUUCCAUAUACAUUCAACAGGUAAUUGCACCAAAGAAUGCAUACCCUUCACAUAAAAAGAAUACUUCAAUACUGAAGUUCUCAAUUCUCAAAAAAUAAACAUUUCAACAUUUAACACUUUUGAUGACAAUUAAUUGUACUUUGAAGAAAUAUUUUAUUGACUUAAUUAAUUAAACAAUU